AUGAUUAAUAUGCACUCUCUUUUGUUCCAUAUAUUCUUCUUGGUUUCACUGCUAUUAAAUGCCACUGCUGCCCCCUUCCAUAUACCAGCUGACUGUCCAAGCAGAUGGCAUUUCACCCCUAACCACAACUCAUCCGCUGAUUCUUCAACAUCAGUCGGUUCGGACCUCCACUUAGUUUCACCCAAGCUUCAUCCUGAAACCCAAAUUUAUGUUAAGAACUUGACGCUACAACUGGCUAUGGCCUGCUAUGGCAUAGAGCAAGAUCCUAACAAGACCGAUAUAGAUAUAGAUUUGUCACUGUCUCCUUACUCCUUUUCAGACUCAAAUCAGAUCACAGUCGUUGGUUGUGAUGACUUGGCUUUGGUAGAAUCAAAUAAAAGUAAUGCCAACAGUAGUGUUGCUGCUGUUUCAUAUUGUACCCCAAGUAACACUAAAAUCUAUUAUGGUAGUAUCGGAUCAUGUGCGAACACUUAUGGCUAUUUCUGGGCCUUCAUAUCCAAAGGCGAUUAUCUGAAAGUUCGAUUGAUGGACGCGCAUAUUAUUUGGUCGAAAAGUAAAGUUUACCCGUGCAGCCUAGCAUUCGUUGGAAUGAUGGACGGUCAUGAUUUCACUUACCCUUUACCUAGUCUCAAUGCUCCAGAAACAUUCCAGAACGGUAAAGAGUUCAUGGAUAAGCCAAUAGUGUUAGAUUGGAGAAUAGUUAACUGCUUCAUGAACUACCUUGAUUAUAAUUAUCAUUUAUGCCGAAAGGAUAGUAAUUGCAGUCGCUAUGAUCAUUUAUGUCGAAAGAAUAGUCUUUGCAUUGUCUUGGAUGACAGUUUUGGAGGAGUUUGCUGGAAGUGCAAAGAGGGAUACAAGGGCAAUCCAUACCUCGAUUUAGGAUGCCAAGAUAUAAAUAAAUGCGACAAUAAUCCAUGCAUCUCAAGUCAAAUUUGCAUCAAUACUCUGGGUUCCUAUUAUUGUUCCUGCCCCGAUGGAUAUUAUGUUGAUGGUAGAAAAAAUGUUAAAGGGAAAAAAGAAAAAAGAAAAAAGGGAGUAAUUCGUAAAUAA